AUACCAUGCAGAAGCAUUCUCACUUCCUUGUGACCUUCACCGAGGUUUGAACAGUGCCCAACCCAAGUUCAAAGGCUGAUGAGAGAGAAAAACUCAUGAGGAGGUUUUACUCCAGGGAGAGUUGUUCAGUGAAUGGGAUCUUGGCGCACACGGAAAGAUGUCAGGCUCUUCCUGGCUCUUUCUCAGCCUUGUUGCUGUAACUGCUGUUCAAGCUCCCACUGAGGAAGAUGCCAGGACAUUUUUGGAGAAGUUUAACACUGAAGCUGAAGAACUGUAUUAUGAAAGUGCACUUGCUUCUUGGAAUUAUAACACCAAUAUUACUGAGGAGAAUGUGCAAAAAAUGAAUGAGGCUGACCGGAAGUGGUCUACCUUUUAUGAAGAACAGUCCAAGCUUGCCAAAGCUUACCCACUAGAAGCAAUUAAGGAUGUUAAAGUCAAGCAUCAAUUGCAGGCCCUUCAGCAAAAUGGAUUAUCAGAAGACAAGGACAAACGAUUGCAGUUGAACACAGUUCUAAAUACAAUGAGCACCAUCUACAGUACUGGGAAAGUUUGUAAACCAGAUAAUCCACAGGAGUGCUUAUUACUUGCAGGAGGCUUGGAAGACAUAAUGCACAACAGCAAAGAUUACAAUGAAAGGCUCUGGGCUUGGGAAGGCUGGAGGUCUAAGGUUGGCAAGCAGCUGAGGCCAUUAUAUGAAGAGUAUGUGGUCCUGAAAAAUGAGAUGGCAAGAGAAAAGAAUUAUGAGGACUAUGGGGAUUAUUGGAGAGGAGAUUAUGAAACAGAGGGGACAAAUGGCUAUGAAUAUAGCCGCAACCAGCUGAUUGAAGAUGUGGAAAAUACUUUUGCAGAGAUUAAACCAUUAUAUGAACAUCUUCAUGCGUAUGUGAGGGCAAAGUUGAUGGAUACCUACCCUUCCCAUAUCAGUCCAACUGGGUGCCUCCCUGCCCAUUUGCUUGGUGAUAUGUGGGGUAGAUUUUGGACAAAUCUGUAUGAUUUGACAGCUCCCUUUGCAGAUAAACCAACCAUAGAUGUCACUGCUGCAAUGGUUGAGAAGUCCUGGGAUGCACAGAGGAUAUUCAAGGAGGCUGAGAAGUUCUUUAUGUCUGUGGGCCUUUUUAAUAUGACUCAAGGAUUCUGGGAUAACUCCAUGAUAACUAAGCCAGAUGAUGGCCGGGAAGUGGUCUGCCACCCCACAGCCUGGGAUCUGGGGAAAAAUGACUUCAGGAUCAAGAUGUGCACAAAGGUGACAAUGGAUGACUUCCUGACAGCUCAUCAUGAGAUGGGACACAUCCAGUAUGACAUGGCAUAUGCCAACCAACCCUUCCUACUAAGAAAUGGAGCAAAUGAAGGGUUCCAUGAAGCUGUUGGGGAAAUCAUGUCACUUUCUGUAGCUACACCUAAGCAUUUGAAAGUUCUGGGUCUUCUGCCAUCUGAUUUCCAUGAAGACAAUGAAACAGAUAUAAACUUCCUACUCAAACAAGCACUUAACAUUGUUGGAACUCUACCAUUCACCUACAUGUUAGAAAAGUGGAGGUGGAUGGUCUUCAAGGGUGAAAUUCCCAAAGAGCAGUGGAUGAAAAAGUGGUGGGAGAUGAAGCGAGAAAUAGUUGGUGUGGUGGAACCUGUGCCCCAUGAUGAAACAUACUGUGAUCCUGCGUCUCUGUUCCAUGUUGCUAAUGAUUACUCAUUCAUCCGUUAUUACACAAGGACCAUUUUUCAAUUCCAGUUUCAAGAAGCCCUUUGUCGAGUAGCUCAACAUGAAGGUCCCCUGCACAAAUGUGACAUUUCAAAUUCCACCGCAGCUGGGGAGAAGCUGCUCCAAAUGCUGAAACUUGGCAAAUCGGAACCCUGGACCCGUGCAUUGGAAGCUUCUGUAGAAGAAAAGCAAAUGGAUGUAAGACCACUGCUCAACUACUUCGAGCCUUUGUUUACCUGGCUGAAAGACCAGAACAGGGACUCUUUUGUGGGAUGGGACACCGACUGGAGUCCAUACACUGCACAAAGCAUCAAAGUGAGGAUAAGCCUAAAAUCAGCUCUUGGAGACAAAGCAUAUGAAUGGAACGACAAUGAAAUGUACUUCUUCCAGUCGUCUAUUGCAUAUGCCAUGAGAGAGUAUUUUUCAGAUGUCAAAGACCAGACGAUUCCUUUUAGGGCGGAGGACGUGUGGGUGAGUGAUUUGAAACCAAGAGUCUCCUUCAACUUCUUUGUCACUUUGCCUAACAAUAUGUCAGACAUCAUUCCCAGAAGUGAAGUUGAAGAGGCCAUCAGGAAGUCCCGGGGCCGCAUCAAUGAUGCUUUUCGCCUGGAUGACAACAGCCUGGAGUUUCUGGGUAUUCAGCCUACACUGGAACCCCCUUACCAGCCAGCUGUCACCAUCUGGCUGAUUGUUUUUGGGGUUGUGAUGGGAGCGGUGGCGGCUGGUAUUGCCGUGCUCAUCUUCACCGGGAUCAGAGACCGAAGGAAGAAAAAUCAACCGAGCAGUGAAGAAAAUCCUUAUUCUUCCGUGAAUUUGAGUAAAGGAGAAAAUAACCCAGGAUUCCAAAAUGGUGAAGAUCUUCAAACUUCCUUUUAGAAAAAUCAUUUUAUUUCCUCUUGAGCUGAUUUUAUUAUACGUAAUGUUAAUCCCACAGUACAGAAAAUAUGAGAUUAUAAAGGUGUCAUUAACCAUCACCACCAGGGCUCUGUUCAGGAAAUUUGUCCAAAGAAGGCAUGCCAAGGAGAGGGCCUCUUCACUUGCAUUGCUUUUACUACUUGUUUCUGCCUCAAUAUUUGACUUGCUCUGUUUCCUAAAAGAAAUGUUUAUCUUUGAGAAUAAUAGAGAAAGUGUGCCUUUGGCCUCCCAGGCUGUUCAUGGGUAAUGGAAAUGCAAAUGUCUGUUGUGUUCCUGGAGUUGGGGGGAAAUGCAUACGGGGCGGGAAUCAGUGUAGGAGCCUUGCAUGGAAUCUGGAAGGGUGCACGUGCACUUAUGGAGCUGCAGAGAUUUAAGAAUGACACACAUUGUUCACUUCAUUCUAAUUCAAGUGCAUAGGGUGACACACUCUCUUCACAUUAACCUAGUCUAAGUACUAUAGUGAUUUGCCCAGUGACGAUUGGACAAGACCAUGCCUUCCUCUGGUUGACAAUUCUAAGGAACAGAGAAGAAUCCAGAGAGUGUCAGAAGAUGUAGCCUUCUAACAUCCAAGCUAUUUAGCUCCUGAGGCCUCCAUGAUGCCUCGCACAUAGCGCACCUGGUAGAAACUGAUGUCUGUUGUUCUCUAACGGUGAAGUGAAUGGAAAUCCCAAUUGCAUGCCACCCUCUGAAAUGGGCACCUAAUCUCUUAAAUCUUUUGUAUUUAUCCACAAUGUCUGAGUAGUGCUGAGCACAAAGCAGACACUCAAUAAAUACUAUAUUUGCACAA